CCGGUAUCUCCCACCCAGGUACCCCCCCAUUACCAACCAACACAGGCCUACAUUCCCGUCUGUUCUAGUCUCUGCAAGCGGUCUUGUUCGAAAACGACUAAACAACACCUUUCCUCCAGAGAUCCUUAUCGCCAUGACCGUUUCCAUUCCGAUACAACUCACCUCUAAUCCUGACGUACAAGAUGAUGGAGACGCAGCAAAUUACCCCACCGACGUCCUUGUCGGACCUUCCGAAUGAACUUCUCUCUCACACCCUACGAUUCCUCGACUCUCCCCCACUUUCCGAGGGCCGUCUUCAGGAUGUGACACCGCCGGACGCUGAACAGGACCAGGUGGAAAGUCGGGCGCUCAAGACCUGCUCGCUGGUCAACAGACGCUGGCGCGCCGCCGUUCUCCCCUUGUUGUUUCGCCACGUUCAAUGGCGCAUCGCCCGCGACGCACUCCUCGGCCUCGAAGACGAUGGCGACCUAGUGGCUUCCAUUCCUACACUCGAAUUCAUCUGCUCCCAUAAUCUCCAAUACCAUGUCCGGACUUUCUCGAUGACGGUGGAAGACAAUGUGGCGUCCGCAGAUGCAGCAGAGAGUUCUCAAGAGCAGCCGCGCGGGAGUAGCAGCGAUUCGGCCGAGUGGACUACAUACAACCAAGACUACAACUGGCUGUGGGACGCCGUGUUUGAGCUGGUGAACCCGCUUCGCUUCACCAUAAUCACUUCCCCGCGAAUGCUGGCACUCCUGUUUGCCCGAUCGAUAUAUGUCGGCGAUUCAUGGAGCUUCGGCCCUCAGUUGCACAUCCUAUCCCUGUCUCGAGAAAGCAGUCAAGCCAAGCCUGGAUCAUCGUCGGAAUCUACAGCCGUGUCAAGCGGCAGUACACACCCCGCUCCAGGGCCAAUGUCUGCGCCCUACCCGAGUAUAUCUCCAAAGACCGUCCUCAAGCACAUUCCCUGCACACUCUUCACCGCCCGCCCUUGGACCAAACUUCUUUUGAACGAGGGACUCUCGGUGCGCGUCUACACCUCGUACGAGUUCUUCCUCAAGCGUCCACCCUCCAUCCUUGGCGCGCUGCUCGGAUGCGAGAGGUACCCUAACGAUCAGCCCCUCCUCCCGCGAUCGGUGACGGACCUGUCGUACGUGGCGGGCUUCCCUCUGUCGACUCACGUGGGGACGCUGGUGCGGAACGUACCGGUGCUCGAUCGGCUGUUUGUGCAGCUCGUGCCACGCGAGGACCGGUACGACGUGCUAGGCGACUCGACACUGAUGCGCAACGUCGACCCGGCAGACCUCUGGACGGAGCGCAACAGCGCCUACCAGCUCAUCAUUGGUGCCAUACUAGGCGGGCAGUGGGGCGAGAACUGGAACUCGCUCCGCGUGUUUGAGAGCGGGGACAGCGCGGACCGGGAGGCGUGGGAGUUGGCGACGCAGUACGUCGAGAUGUCGGGGACGGAUUGGCGGGUCGCGGGAGAUGGGAUCUUUGUGAAGAGGGAUAGGGGAGAAGAGGAUGAGGAUGGUGAUGACGACAAGGCAUACAACGAAGACGACGGGGAUCCAUACCCUUAUGAUGACGAUGACGAAGAAGACGACGAGGUCGGUUCCUUUGCAAACUCGCCCUUCAUGAUGGGGCAGCUGAUACGACUUUCUUUCAAUGGCACUUCAGACUUGCCUGUUUGAAGUCGGUGGCUCUAUCACUAGAUCAGUCAGAUCUUCUGUAUGUAAUCGCGGUGCCUGCGGUAGUUAUUUGCAGGUCGAGGCCAGUGACUCUCACUGGAUUCUUGCUGAGCAGUAGUCCAGGGCCAAGUUGCUUUUUGGCGAAAUUACUCGCACUAGGCCAACACGUAAAGAUGUACCAUACUGAGCGAAAUGCUUUUUUCGCGUGAUGACGUGGGUAUCUAGGUUAUAUAAGGGUAAGGAUAAAGUAGGUACACAAGUAGGAAGACAGGUAGGAAGACAGGUAGGGAGACAGGUAAGGAGACAGGUAAAUAGAUAGAGGUGCCACUGAUCUCCAACCUCCUAGCUCAUUAACAAUUGUUUGAUAUUAG